ACAGCAUGGUCAGGUAGACAGGAGGAAUGUGCGCGCUCUAGUGACGCGCGUCUCUUCCACUUUAAGAAGGCGGAUUCACCGUUGCACACACUGUGUGUUUAUUACAAGCCUUGAAGUGGCACAUGGAAGCGAUACAGUAAAAUCCCUCUCUCUAAAUAUGGCGAAACCUACUGGCACUGACAGCGCACGGAACGGCUUGGAAGUUUUUUUGAAUUCUGCAUUUCAUUACGAUGACGAGUAGAUGAGUUGUCAUAUUUUCUGUACGUAUAUUUGAUGUUGUACCAACUAGUUUCACCAUAUGGUUCUUCUGCUGCCACACACGCGCCUGUAAAUGCGGCAGCGUUGGCGACUCCCGUCUGAUCCGACUCUCACAGCUGGAUAUUAUCGGCUGUUUAGGAGGAACUCUGGAGAGCUACGGACAGGUCAGGAGAGCAGAGACUGAGAUGGGAGAGCUGUCAAGCCCUAACAGACGCCAGUAAGCGGGUACAUUCAGUGAUUUAGACGAGAUGGCAGCGUCCAGUAACUCCAGUCUGUCGGGUUCCUCCGUCUCUUCGGAUCCUGAAGAUUACCAACCACCAAUAUGGAAAUCCUACUUGUACCAAUUACAACAAGAAGCACCAAGACCAAAGAGGAUCACAUGUCCUCAGGAGAUGGAAAGCAGACCCAAAUACUAUGGUAGAGAGUUCCAUGGUCUGAUUUCCAGAGAGCGUGCAGAUGAACUGCUGGCUGCGACAGAAGGUGCUUAUCUCAUCAGAGAGAGUCAGAGACAACCAGGAACUUAUACACUUGCUUUGAGAUUUGGUGGCCAGACUCUGAACUACCGACUCUUUCAUGAUGGAAAGCACUUUGUGGGAGAAAAACGUUUCGAGUCGGUUCAUGAUCUGGUUACAGAUGGUCUCAUCACUCUCUAUAUUGAGACCAAGGCAGCAGAGUACAUUGCCAAGAUGACCACAAACCCCAUCUACCAGCACCUGGGCUAUACCUCUCUCCUGAGGGACAAAAUCACUCACCGACUCAACCGGACCCGCUCUGAGCCCAAAAAAGUUACUUUCCAACACGAGGACAAGAUCACCCCGUCACCGCUGAGCAGACGCACCACACUCAAGGACGGACCGGAGAAACACUGCAACUACGAGAAGAUCCACAACUUUAAGGUGCACACCUUCAGAGGGCCGCACUGGUGUGAAUACUGUGCUAACUUCAUGUGGGGUCUUAUCGCCCAGGGCGUCCGUUGUUCAGACUGUGGGCUGAACGUGCACAAACAGUGCUCCAAACUAGUGCCCAGCGACUGUCAGCCGGACCUGCGCAGGAUCAAGAAGGUCUUCAGUUGUGAUCUAACCACGCUGGUCAAAGCCCACAACACGCCACGGCCGAUGGUUCUGGACAUGUGUAUCAAAGAGAUCGAGCACAGAGGUUUGAAAUCAGAGGGUCUCUACAGAGUGUCAGGCUUCACAGAACACAUAGAAGAUGUCCGGCUGGCCUUCGAUAGAGAUGGUGAGAAAGCGGACAUCAGUGCCAAUAUCUACCCAGACAUCAAUAUAAUCGCCGGAGCUCUGAAGCUUUAUUUGCGAGAUCUGCCCAUUCCAGUUAUCACAUAUGACGUCUACUCCAAAUUCAUACAGGCAGCCAAAAUAACAGACCCAGACUCCAGACUCGAGGGAGUUCAUGAUGGUCUCCUCCAACUUCCUCCAGCCCACUAUGAGACCCUGCGGUACCUGAUGACACACCUGAAGAGGGUCACCAUGUACGAGAAGGACAAUUAUAUGAACUCGGAGAACCUAGGAAUCGUUUUCGGCCCGACGCUCAUGAGGCCUCCGGACCAGAACACGCUCACCACUCUCAAUGAUAUGAGAUACCAGAAAAUGAUUGUUCAGCUCCUGAUAGAGCAUGAGGACAUCUUGUUUUAAACAGCUGAAAUGAAGACAUCUUUUAAAGACUUUAAAGAGCUUGUACAUUUUAAAAAGCGGCCUGCCACACGUUUCAAAGAUAUUGUUUCCUCAUUAUAUAAAAUUUGGACCUAAUUGCACAUUUCACUCAAUGUGUUUCAAACCCCCAAACUAUGGAAGAUUGUUUCUGUUACGGAAUAAAAACUUUUAAAAAAGGCAAUUGCGACUUUUAUCUCACAAUUCUGACUUUUUUCCUUCAGAAUUUUGAAAGAUAAACUUAAACUGAAAAAGUUAUAAAGUUGAAUUGUGAAACAAAAACAUGCAGUUCUGUGAAAAAUAGAAUUGCGAGGUAUAAACUCACAAUUAUGAGAAAAAGGUCUGAAUUGUGAGAUAAAACGUCCCAAUUAUCUUUUUAAUUGCAAGUUUUUAUCUGUUUUCUCACAAUUCUGAGUUUAUAUAUCACAAUUCUGAAAAAAGGUCAGAGUUAUGCGUUAGAAACUCGGAAUUACAAGAAAUAAAGUCAGAAUUGUGAAACUCACAAUUAAAAAAGGCAAUUCUGACUUUCUGAUUCUA